CUUACGUACUAUCGCUGCCAAAGUUAAAAAACCUACAGUAAAAGACAUUGUGGUGGUUAGCAAUAUGCAUUAAAGGGAAUGAACAUUAAUCAAAUGUCGAUUUCCGAACUGCUAAAUUCUUACUGCCGAUCACUCAUUAAGAAGGUGGACUAUCUCCAAUUCCUACUACGUCAUAACUUGUAUCGUAAUAGUGGUGUCAUCACAAUCCAAGAAUCUUGAUUAACUGAUGUACGGAACGAUUGCUUAGUAUCGGCACGUAAUUUCAAUAUCUAUCCUCAGGAUCGACCAAGCAAUUAAAAGAGGUGUGGUGGCGGUGUAGCUAUAGCUACAACACACGUAUACCUUUAUGAACGUUAACUGGUGUCGAUCUACGUUUGCUUGUUCCAAGUUUUCAAAUGACUUUGUCGACUGUCUAAAUUCAAGAUGUCUUCCAAAACAUCUGAAUAAAUACAAAUAUGAUUACGUCGACAACAUCUAUAUGACUCCAGAUUGCAUAUCAUCUGCGCUAUCUGUUUUCGCUGACGAAUGUACUGAAUUCGCUGUUUCUGCCUUCAGUGGGUUACUUUUAAUUGUAUGUGGUAAUUUCAACUCAUGUGGCUGUAGCUUUCUUACAUCACCAGGUCACCAAAAUUUAAUAGAUUUUCCUACUCCUUUGGAUGCGCAUUCAAAAUUCAUUUUCAAUAAUGAUAUGGUACAUAUGUGACCCGUAAACAUGCUCCACUGUCUAUCUCGGAUCACUGUUUAGUUCGUGUUCUACCUAAAGUAUAUGGAAAACAUGGAAAUAGUACACCCUUACACCAGACCAAAAAAGUCAUAUAUGGGAAUCACUCUGAAGGAAAUAUACAAAAUCUGAAAAACAUGUUUC